UGGCCGAUCAAAAAAUAUCCCAGAGACUGCUAAAUAGCUAUUUUUCUUAUCUUUUAAAGUAUAAUUAACAUUUGAAUACCACAAAAGCAUUUAAUAGAAGGUAUGCUUACAGAGAAUGUGGAGCACUUGGGGUUUUAAGCAAUACUUUAGGAGUUUAAUUUCCCAUGGUUAGUUAUUGGCCGAGCAGCACCGGAAAAAGAAAAUCCACGAAUAGAUUUUCUUGUUUACUGUAGCUGGGAUGCUAGCUAGCCAGAAGAACAAUGCGCAGUUCGUCUAAAAAGACACUAAAUGUUUUCAUUAAAUCAUAAAAGGUGUAAAGUAAGCUGUAUCUGGAGAUAAGACAGCGUACUUGUCUUGCAGCAGUACCGUUUGGGGCCAAGAUGAUCGAGGUGGUGGCCUCCAUGGCCCGAGGCCCCGUGUUCCUCGCCGGGGAGCUGAUGGAGUGUCUCAUCACAUUCACUAACCCGAUGUCUCACCUGUCCACCUCGGCCAGCAGUGAAAUGCUCGCGUGGGCCAGUGCUCAAAUCCACUGUCAGUUUCAUGCCAGUGAGAGCAGAGUGGCUCUGCCGGCUCAGGGCAACAAACAGGACGUCCAGGCUGAGAGCGACACUGUGCUGAUUCCCAGCAGAGGAGAGCGAGGGCAGUGUGUGCUGGACACACCACCGAAGAUACUGUUCUGUGAUCUGCGCCUGGACCCCGGAGAGAGCAAAACCUAUUCCUACAGUGAGAUGGUUCCUGUAGACGGUCCUCCCAGUUUCCGUGGUCAGGCGGUGAAAUACGUCUACAAACUGACCAUCGGCUGCCAGCGAGUCAACUCUCCUAUCAAACUGCUCAGAGUCCCCUUCAGAGUGCUGGUUCUGCAAGGCAUGCCGGAGCCUCCGUUUCCUCAGGACGAGGAAGUGUCCCCCUCCAACCCGUUCCUGGAGGAAGAGGAAGCGAGCCGCAGAGACGCUCGGCCUUUAGAGAGAGCUCUGGACAUGCUGAUGGUCAGCACUUCGAGGCGCUGCCCACACAUGUUCAACAUAACCAACAUGCGAGGGAAGGUAGCAAAGUUCUGCAUCUUCAAAACAGUUUACAGACUCGGGGAGGACAUCAUCGGCACCUUCAACUUCUCAGAGGGAGACAUUCCGUGCCUGCAGUAUUCAGUGAGUCUUCAGAACGAGGAGGAGAUCCAGCAGCAGUACCAGCGGCGGCCAGGACAGGCAGUCAGUGUGACCGGACACGGGCGACACAUGGAGUCCUGCCUCCACACGGCCUCCAGCCACUUCUCUCUGCCCGUCCCUCUGAAUGUGACGCCAGGGUUCAGCACAGAGACAGUCAUCCUGAGGUGGCGUCUUCACUUCGAGUUCGUCACGGCUCGGGAGCCCAUGGAGCCGCCCACGGUGCUGCAGAACCAAUCAGAGGUCACAGUGUGGACGGGGGCGGAGCAUGUCGAAGUGGAUACCUUCAGCUGGGACCUGCCGAUCAAAAUCCUGCCCACCAACCCGGCCCUGGCUUCCUACAUGUCCCACUUCAGCGGGUCCAACAGCAUCAAUAUCUGACUGUUCUGCGUGUGUGUGUGUGUGUGUGUGUGUGUGUGUGUGUGUGUGUGUGUGUGUGUGUGUGUGUAUAUAUUCAUGUAUUUCUGAGGAUCAUGAGGGAUGUGUGUGUUUGUGUGUGUGUGUACGUGAGAGACUUUUUUGUCUUUCUGGAUGAGAAAUUGGAGUACAGGGCUGCACAUUUCAGGAACAAAGGACCUUUUUUUGUUGUUUCUAUUUUAUUUUGACAUCCACUGACAGGUCCUUUCUUUCUUUCUAAGCCUGCAGCCCACUCUUUGUUUUGCCUGUCUUGUAUGAAUUCAUGCAGUUCAUCUAAACCUUAAAUGUGUCUUAAUUUUUGAAACAUUCAUCAGCAAUGUGGAGUGCAACUAUCAGAUUUUUUGCAUUUCUGUAUUUAUUUUAUUUUCGUCUCCUCUCUGACCUUUUUAUCAACUUUUUAAAAUGUUUUUCUUUCGGCUGAACAAAUACUGUACUGAGAUGUAAAUACCUCGAGAGAGAAAACUAUUAAAAAUGUCAUUUAAAUUUGAAAAAA